AUGAACAUAGUUGAGUACAGAAAGCAUCAGAAUGAAAACUAAAUCAGAACUUGUUGUUGCAAAAGAAGAGCCCCUUGGGAAUUACAACCAGACAGAAAAGUAUUGCAAGCAUUUAAAUUCUUAGAUUCUGAUUGGUACUGCAGAUAAAAAUAUUCCCAAUAAUAGAGUUGAGACUUCGAAGUAUAAUAUGCUCACAUUCAUACCCAAAAACUCAUUGGAAUAAUUUAUGAAAGCUUCCAAUUUGUACUUUCUGCUUUUAGGCGUCUUGUAAUCAGUUUGAAUUCAAUUUAGUCAAAUCCAACCUUCAGUCACCACUACUGAUGGACAACCCACUGUUUAUCUGCCUCUGUCCUUCAUCAUUAUGGUCAGCAUGAUCAAGGACUUUUUUGAAGACUUUAAAAGGUACCUCAAUCAUCACCAUUAGACACCGAGCAGAUGAUGAAGAAAACAAUCGGACAGUACAGAAAUAUUCGCUUCGAACAGGAGUUUUUGAGUAUGACAAAUGGUAGAAUGUGUAUGUUGGAGACAUCAUAAGAAUUGCAAAUAAAUAGGUUUGAUUUUAACUUAAGAGUAGAGAAUUCCUGCUGAUAUUAUUAUCUUAGCUACUUCCAAGGGAGGAGAAUGCUUUGUAGAAACGAAGAAUCUAGAUGGCGAAACCAAUCUCAAACCCAAAUAUGCACAUCCAUAAUUGCAAACCUUAUACAAAUAGCUAAAUGAAAAAGAGUUACCUUAUAAUUUGUAACUUUCAAAUAAAAUAUCUUAGAUUUGUAACAAUGGAUUUUGAACGUCAAAAUCCUUUAAUGUACAAAUUUAAGGGUAGCUUCAAUAUUGUUAAUGAAAAUAAAGAAUUACCCAAGGAAGCCUUGAAUUAUGAAAAUUUCUUAGAAAGAGGGUGUUCUCUAUAGAAUACUGACUGGAUUUUGGCAGUUACUGUAUAUACUGGACAUGAUACUAAGAUUAUGAUGAACUCUAUUAUAGGAAAGAUGAAAUAUAGUAUAGUUGAGAUAUUAAUGAGUGAGUAGAUUUUAUGGGUACUCUUAUUUUUGUUGUUUGAAUGUAUUUUUGCAUCAACAUAUUAUAAUGUAUGGUACUAAAGAAAUAUGAAUGAAUUGCAAUCAUAUUUGAAUAUUGAUAAAGAUGCUCCAGAAAACAAUUCCUUUUACAAUUUUGUGUUAAGAUUUGCAAUGUGGUUUUUAUUAUUAGGUAACAGUGUCCCAAUAUCGUUGUUGGUUACUUUAGAAACAGUCAAGUUCUUUUAAGCAUAAAUGAUUUAAUGGGAUAAGAAUUACCUAACACUUGAUCGACCUGCUGCAGUUCAUUCCUCAAAUUUGAGUGAAGAAUUGGGAGUUAUUGAAUAUAUAUUCAGUGAUAAGACUGGAACAUUGACUCAGAACAUUAUGAAAUUUAAAUCUCUUAUUAUUGAUGAAGUUGUCUAUGGGGAUAUCGAGGAAUAAAAUCAAAAUUAAUAAGAUGUAAUAGAUGAAAAACCCUUUUAAGAAAAGCAUAGAAUUGUAUCUUAAAAUGUUGAUUUCACAGAUGAUGCCCUGUAUUCUGAAUUGAUUUCUGAAUUUAUGAAUAAAAAAUCAGCUAGAAAUUUCACAAAUAACGACCAUGUAUUCCUAAGUCUCCUUUGUUUAUCCUUGUGUCACACAAUUCAAACAGAAUUAGUCGAGAAUAUCGAAUCUGAGAUUUAAUAUAAUGCUAGUUCUCCAGAUGAAUUAGCUUUGGUUAGCUUUGCAGCUGAGAUGGGAUUUAAGUAUAUUGGAAAAGAAGAUAAUGUAAUGAAAGUUUACAUAAAACAUACAAAAGAAAUUUUAAAGUUUUAAAUUUAGUAGGUUAUUGAGUUUAAUAGUACUAGAAAGAGAAUGUCAAUAGUGUUGAAGGAUUAAAAUGGAAGAUUGACUUUAUUUUGUAAAGGAGCAGAUAAUAUUAUUUUAUCUAUGUUGUAAGAUUUUGAGGAAAAUGAUACUAUAUAGAAAAAUAUCCUAUUUGAAAUCAAAAAGUAAUUACAAGAAUAUGCUACUAUUGGACUUAGAACUCUAGUAUUGGGAUACAAGGAAUUGGAGUAAAAAGAAUAUGAAAAGUUCUUAUCUGAAUAUAAUAGAGCAUAAUCCAUUUUAGAUGAUGAUUAAUUAAGAGAAUCACUUAUGAAUCAAUUAGAAGAAAUGAUUGAAAAUAAUUUAUAGUUAUUAUGUGCAACAGCUAUCGAGGAUAAAUUAUAAGAUAAAGUUGGAGAAGUAAUUGCUGAUUUAAAAUCUGCUGGAAUAAAUGUAUGGGUAUUGACUGGAGAUAAGAUAGAAACAGCUAUUAACAUUGGAUUCUCAUGUAAAUUGCUUACAGAUUAGGUGAAAAGAUUUAUUAUAGAUGGAGAUUAGGAAGGAUAGGUCGAAAGAUAAUUAGCCAAAGUUACCAAUAGUAUUAAUGAACAUCCUGAUGAGCCUUUAUCAUUGAUAGUAUCAGGAGUGGCUCUUGUUAUAAUCAUACACAACUUUAAAGAAGCUUUUUUUAAGGUGGCUUUGAAGGCCAAUGCUGUGAUGGCUUGUAGAGUUUCUCCAAAAUAAAAAUAAGAAAUUGUGAAUUUGGUUAGGAGAUAGACUGGCAAAAUAACAUUGGCUAUUGGUGAUGGGGCAAAUGAUGUUGCUAUGAUCACCUAGGCCCAUGUUGGUAUAGGAAUUAGAGGUUUAGAAGGGUAGUAGGCAGCUAAGGCAAGUGAUUAUGCUAUUGGAGAAUUUAAACAUUUAAGAAGGUUGUUGUUUUAUUCUGGACACGAAUCUUAUAGGAAGAACAGCAAUUUAAUUCUAUUUAACUUUUACAAGAAUUAAUUAUACAUUGGAGCAUUUUUCUUUUUCGGCUUUUCAAAUGGAUUUAGUGGAUAAAAUCUGUAUGAUUAAUGGCUUUCUCAAAUUUUUAAUGUAUUCUUUACAAGUUUACCAAUCAUUCUAUAUGCUUUAUUUGAUGAGAAAUAUCCAAACUCAAAUUAUAUGCAAUUGGUUUAAGAUAAGUCAAAUUUCCUGGAAUCCAGACCUGAUAUUUAUAGAGAGUACUUGACUAAGCCUAUCUUUAACUUAGUGUCCUUUUGGAAAUAAUUCUUAUGGGGACUGUUGUAAUCAAUAUUGUUAAUGAUAAUUUCAUUUUAUGCAUUUGAACCUGUUUCACCACAUAUUCAUGGGUAGAAUUCUACUUACUUAGAAGCUGGAAUGACUAUAAUGAGUGCAGUUGUUAUUAUUGUAAAUUUUAAAGUGCUACUACUACACAAUACUGUAAUAAUAUUAAUAAUUUGUAGAAUUAUCCAAUCAUAGUCUAUAUUAAUAUUGGAUCAACCACCUGCUUUAUAUUAUUAUUCUUACUUUUCUCGCAAUACCCCUUUUUUGAAAGCUUUGAUCUCUUUCAAAGAUUGUAUGAGUGCUUUAAUUACUAUAUGGCAAUGAUAUUGAUGUUGACUGUUACCAAUUUCUUUGAUCUCGGGAGACAGAGAUAUAAUUACUUUGUGGAUUAACAAAGAGAACAUCAGUUAAACAACCCACCAACUUAAUUAGAAAUUGAAAUGUGAUAUAUAUAAAUUAUAUUU